AUGGAGGCUGGCGUAGCAACAUGUGUCGAAAAGUCCGACAGAGAUCCCGAGCACCACGAAAAGGUGGCCAACAUCACCGAGGCGUCUCUUCACAAAGGGAUUGGCAUUGAGGCUGCUGAUGUGCGCGUGGUGAGCCCGAAAAGCAAGGAGGAGCGCAGACUCGUGCGUAAGAUCGACACACUGAUCUUGCCCUUGCUUUCCGGGGCCAUCUUUUUUGCCUAUCUGGACCGUGGAAACAUCGGCAACGCGCGUAUCAUGGGCCUGCAAAAAGACAUUGGUAUCGACAACAGCCAGUUCUAUAACUGUCUUAUGAUGUUCUUCCUGGGGUAUAUGCUGGUCGAACUGCUUGCAGGGAUCCUGCUUCGAAAGCUCCCCGCGAACCUGGUCAUUGGAUGCGCGGUCCUCCUGUUUGGGGUUCUAGCCGCUUGCUUCACUGCUGUCGAAAGCUACGCAUCGUUGAUGGUUCUUCGACUCUUGCUCGGCUUGGCAGAGGGCACCAGCUACAAUGCUUACCUCUAUACUAGCCUGUGGUAUAAACCACACGAACUAUCGCGAAGGACAGCUGCUGUGUACGGAAUGAGCCCCAUCGCUGGAGCGUUUAGUGGUCUCAUCUCCUACGGCAUUGAGAGGAAUCUCGAUGGCGCGAAGGGCUACCACGCUUGGCAGUGGCUGUUUAUCAUUGAAGGGGUAUUAACCAUUACAUUCUCGCUCUUCAUAAUUGCUCUCCUACCCGGCCUGCCCGACGUUGUUGUCAAGAAAGGGCAAUUCCUGUUCCCACAUGAAGGAGAGCGCCAAGUGAGCGAUCAAUCGGGCGUUCGAUACCACCAGGUUUGGAUCGCGCUCAAGGACCCCAAGCUGUAUCUCUGCGCGCUCAUGAUCGCCGGCUUCGGCCCCGUCAUCCAAGGGUUUUCCGUGCUGUUGCCCACAUUCAUCAAAGAGUUCAACUUCUCGCCGCUCCAGACGCAGUUAUUCUCCAUGGUGCCGUAUGCGUUCGGCUUUGCCGCACUCGUGGGCAUGAGUUUCCUGUCCGAUUACCUUAACCACCGAGCCUUCCUGAUCUUCGGCUGCUUCGCCACGUCGCUCGUUGGGUUCGUCAUCCUCCUUGCCACCACGAACAAGGUUGCCUUGGUCGCCGGACUUUGUUUCGUGCUGACAGGCACAUAUCCCGGCACCGUGCUGUGCGUCGUGUGGAUUAACACCAUACACGGCGGGUUCACGAAGCGCGCUACGGCCAUUUGGAUCAGCCAGAUCUUCAUUCAGAGCUACGCCAUCAUCGCGACCCAGGUGUACGAUACUCCUCCACGAUACUAUAAGGGCCACGGCAUCACGAUGGCUCUUUGUGUAGUCGCCAUGGUCGCUGUUGUGGUCAUGUAUUUCAUCAUGAAGCGGGCUAAUGCCCAGCGCGAUGCAAAGGCCCGGGAACUUGAAGCAAACGGCGAGAUCGACCCUCGCAUGGAGCAGGAUUUCGAAGACUUAUUUCUUCGAGUCGAUGUGACGGACUGGAACGAGCUUGAAAACGCCUUCAAGGAGAGCAAUGCCGCAUUUGGGGCCGAACCUGACAUUGUUGUCGCGGGCGCAGGAGUCUACAAACCAUCGUCCAAUUCAUUCUGGGAGGAUGGAGAUCGGAAUUCGCGCUACAAAGUGCUGGACAUCGACCCGGUCCAUCCCAUCAAGCUGACGCGGAUUGCGAUCCGGCACCUGGCUCAAGCUCGCAAAACCGGUACGAUCAUACACAUCUCCAGCAUCGCAGGGCAACGAUCAAGCGUCGUGACACCGCUCUACACCGCGUCCAAACAUGGCGUUAACAGCUUCAUCCGCAGCAUGGGCUCACUCGAAGCCAUGGCAGGGAUUCGAGUUCUUGGAGUGGCGCCGGGAACGGUCGGAACACCCCUGUUCACAGGCCAUCCCGAGGCGUCCAGGUUCUUGGACCUUGAAAAGGACACUCUCCUUGCACCAGAGCACGUAGCAAACGCCAUGUUCGCACUCUUGACCGAGCCACAAUAUAAAGGCGGCACGGUUCUAGAGAUCUGCCAUGAGAUCAAGUGGCGGGAAGUCUCUCUGCUGAACGAUCCCGGCCCACAGGGGCCUGCGAGCAUUACAAGCCGCAAAAGCGAAGCAAUUAAAGGUAUCCUGCCCUAUCUCGGAGAGUGGGACAAGGUGGUAGUCGAGGGAGUUAGGAGUGACUAG